UGCAAGGACAAGGCUAAACCUCCAAGAAAAACAAAAUGCCGAUCCCCCAGAUCGGCUGGCAGCUCCUCCCUCAGGUCCAGAUGCCCCAACAAUGGCAGCAGCUCCUCCUCGGCCUCAGCCUCCUGCUGCCUGUCCUGGUUCUGAUAGUGAGGAGCAGGAAAGGGCUCAAGCUGCCGCCGGGACCGGCGCGGCUGCCGGUGCUAGGCAACCUGCACCAGCUGGGCUCGCUUCCGCACCGGAGCCUGCGGGAGCUGGCGCGGCGGCACGGUCCCGUGAUGCUGCUGCGCCUGGGCGCCACGCACAUGCUGGUGGUGUCGUCGGCGUCGGCGGCGCGUGAGGUGCUCAAGGAGCACGACGCCGACUGCUGCAGCCGGCCGGCGUGCCCCGGGCCGAAGCGGCUGUCGUACGGGUUCAAGAACAUGGCGUUCGCCCCCUACGGCGAGCACUGGCGCGAGAUGCGCAAGAUCUUCAUCGUGGAGCUCCUCAGCAUGCGCCGCGUCAAGGCCGCGUGGGGGGCGCGCCAGGAGCAGGUGGACAAGCUCAUGGCCGCCCUCGCCCCCAACGAGCCGGUGGCGCUCGGCGAGCACAUCUUCGCAUUCACCGACGGCAUCAUCGGCACGGUGGCGCUGGGGAACGUCUACGGCGCCGACAUGCUGGCGCGCAAGAAGCACUUCCAGCACGUGCUCGACGAGGCCAUGGACAUGCUCGCCACCUUCUCGGCCGAGGACUUCUUCCCCAACGCCGCCGGCCGCCUCGUCGACCGUCUUACCGGUCUCGUCGCCCGCCGUGACCAGCUCUUCAGCAGCCUCGACGAUUUCUUCGAGACGGUCAUCGAGCAGCACCUGGACCCGGCGAGGCCCAAGCCGGAGAACGGCGGCGACCUGGUCGACGUCCUCAUCGACCUCUGGAAGCAGGAGCACCGUGGUUUCACCAAGGACCACGUCAAGGCCAUCAUCAUGGACACUUUCGUGGGUGGCAUCGACACGAGCUCGGUGACGAUCCUGUGGGCGAUGUCGGAGCUGAUUCGGAACCCGCGGGUGAUGAAGAAGGCGCAGGAGGAGAUCAGGGCGGCGGUGGGGGAGCCGCGCGCCCGGGUGCAGCCGGACGACCUGCCCAAGCUCAACUACCUCAAAAUGGUCCUCAAGGAGACCCUGAGGCUCUACCCGCCGGCGACGCUGCUGCUGCCGCGCGAGACGAUGCGGCACGUCAAGAUCGGCGGCUACGACGUGCCGGCGACGACCAGGGUCGCCGUCAACGCGUGGGCCCUCGGUAGGGACCCGGCGAGCUGGGGCGAGGACGCCGACGAGUUCAACCCGGACAGGUUCGAGGCCGGGGCGAGGCACGGCGAGGUGGACCUCCACGGCGCGCACUUCGAGCUGGUGCCGUUCGGCGCCGGGCGGCGGAUCUGCCCGGGCAUGGCAAUGGCGCUGAUGAACGUGGAGUUCGCGCUGGCCAACCUGCUGUGCGGCUUCGACUGGGCGCUGCCGGAGGGGACCAAGGCGGAGGACCUGUGCAUGGAGGAGGCCGGCGGGCUCACCUUCCACCGCAAGACGCCGCUCGUGCUUGUGCCCACCCCGUACGUGCCGCCGUCCGCCGCUUAAUUAAUUCUGCGUCAACUCCGGCACCUGCGUGAUCGUAAGUUCUAAACCGGCCAAUCAGUUUGUCGCUGGCCAGGUUUGUCCGUAGGCCGAAUAUCUAUAUUCCUGCGACGGCUCAGUUUCAGCAGAAAUUUGUCGCUUUAUCCUGCUGCAAGUACUUUGUUUCUUUGUUUGUACUCCCUCCGUUUUCACAAUGUAGCGCCUAUAAAUUUUUAUAAAAAUCAAACAUUACAAAUUUUGACCAUGUUUAUAGAAAAAAGUAGGUACAUCUAAAAUAUCAAAUGUACAUCUUUGAAUACAUCGUGAAUUAUAUUUUCAGAAUGUACAUAUUUGGUAUUGUAGAUGUAGACAAUUUUUUCUAUACACUUGGUCAAAGUUGGCAAAGUUUGACUUUCAUAAAAAUCUGUAAGCACUACAUUAUGGAAUGGAGGGAGUAUUUGUACCUGUCUCGACCUCUGGGGCAAAAUGUAUUGAUGGAAUAAAAUUGGCAGCUAUGUUAUCUGGCCUA